CCGCUAACGCUAGACGCUGCUUACCCUACCCCCAUCCCACCCUACCCCACCCCUGGCGGCCUCAGGUUUUGUAGGGUUUAGGUAAUUCGGGCGGGGUGGGGGGGGGGGGUGUUGAAGGUGGCAGGCCUCCACUGAUCCACUCCCUACGUGGUGUGGCAGUCUAAGUUCGGGAAGCUGGGACACCGUAGUCUUCCCGUCCCCGGGGAAAGUUGGUGGAGUUUUCCCUGCAGGGGAAUCGGCGCAGAAACUUCUUCCGUCCCCCUCCCCCAACCCCAUGCAGGCGACGCUGGGUUAGGCUGAGGCCGGGGGCGAAUCGCCGAAGAGCUGCGAGUCGGCAGCGCAGUCUGAUUGGACAGCGGGGAAGCCUGUCAGCCUACUGGCCCCGCUGAUCCCGCCCUAUAGCGCAGGGCAGCCUUUAACCCUUGGCCCCAGUGGGCGCCAGCCACUCAGAUCGCUUCUUGUUGGUAUGUGUAGCGGCAGUGGCCGCCGGCGGAGCAGUCUGAGCCCGACGAUGAGGCCGGGGACGGGAGCUGAGCGUGGAGGCCUCAUGAUGGGGCACCCUAGCAUGCAUUAUGCCCCAAUGGGAAUGCAUCCUAUGGGUCAGAGAGCGAAUAUGCCUCCUGUACCUCAUGGAAUGAUGCCACAAAUGAUGCCCCCAAUGGGAGGACCACCAAUGGGACAAAUGCCUGGAAUGAUGUCUUCAGUAAUGCCUGGAAUGAUGAUGUCUCAUAUGUCUCAGGCUUCCAUGCAGCCUGCCUUACCGCCAGGAGUAAAUAAUAUGGAUGUAGCAGCAGGUACAACUUCUGGCGCAAAAUCAAUGUGGACUGAACAUAAAUCACCUGAUGGAAGGACCUACUACUACAAUACUGAAACAAAACAGUCUACUUGGGAGAAACCAGAUGAUCUUAAAACUCCUGCUGAGCAACUUUUAUCUAAAUGCCCUUGGAAGGAGUACAAGUCUGACUCUGGAAAGCCUUAUUAUUACAAUUCUCAAACAAAAGAAUCUCGCUGGGCCAAACCUAAAGAACUUGAAGAUCUUGAAGGAUACCAGAAUACCAUUGUUGCUGGAAGUCUUAUUACAAAAUCAAACCUGCAUGCAAUGAUCAAAGCUGAAGAAAGCAGUAAACAAGAAGAGUGCACCACCACAUCAGCAGCCCCAGUUCCAACAACAGAAAUCCCAACCACAAUGAGCACCAUGGCUGCCGCGGAAGCAGCAGCUGCUGUUGUUGCCGCGGCAGCCGCAGCCGCAGCAGCUGCCGCUGCAGCCAACGCCAGUGCUUCCACCUCCGCCUCUAGUACUGUCAGUGGGACUGUUCCAGUCGUGCCUGAGCCUGAGGAUCAAAGUGAAGUGUCUAGUAAUACUGGAGAAGAAACAUCUAAGCAGGAAACUGUAGCUGAUUUUACUCCCAAAAAAGAAGAGGAAGAAAGCCAGCCAGCAAAAAAAACAUAUACUUGGAAUACAAAAGAAGAGGCAAAACAAGCAUUUAAAGAAUUAUUAAAAGAAAAGCGUGUACCAUCAAAUGCUUCAUGGGAGCAAGCUAUGAAAAUGAUCAUUAAUGAUCCACGAUAUAGUGCUUUAGCAAAGUUGAGUGAAAAAAAGCAGGCCUUUAAUGCUUAUAAAGUCCAAACAGAGAAAGAAGAAAAAGAAGAAGCAAGAUCCAAAUACAAAGAGGCUAAGGAAUCCUUUCAGCGUUUUCUUGAAAAUCAUGAGAAAAUGACUUCCACAACUAGAUACAAAAAAGCAGAGCAAAUGUUUGGAGAGAUGGAAGUCUGGAAUGCAAUAUCAGAACGUGAUCGUCUUGAAAUCUAUGAAGAUGUUUUAUUCUUUCUUUCAAAAAAAGAAAAGGAGCAAGCAAAGCAGUUGUGAAAGAGAAAUUGGGAAGCCUUAAAAAACAUACUUGACAACAUGGCUAAUGUGACAUAUUCUACUACUUGGUCUGAAGCCCAGCAGUAUCUGAUGGAUAAUCCAACUUUUGCAGAAGAUGAGGAAUUACAGAAUAUGGAUAAAGAAGAUGCAUUAAUUUGUUUUGAGGAACACAUUCGGGCUUUAGAAAAGGAAGAAGAAGAAGAAAAACAAAAGAGUUUGCUUCGUGAAAGGAGACGACAGCGUAAAAAUAGAGAAUCUUUUCAGAUAUUUUUAGAUGAACUGCAUGAACAUGGACAACUGCAUUCUAUGUCAUCUUGGAUGGAACUGUAUCCAACAAUUAGUUCUGACAUUAGAUUCACUAAUAUGCUUGGUCAGCCGGGAUCAACUGCACUUGACCUUUUCAAGUUUUAUGUUGAGGAUCUUAAAGCACGUUAUCAUGAUGAAAAGAAGAUAAUAAAAGACAUUCUGAAGGAUAAAGGAUUUGUAGUUGAAGUAAAUACUACUUUUGAAGACUUUGUGGCAAUAAUCAGUUCAACUAAAAGAUCGACCACAUUAGAUGCAGGAAAUAUUAAGCUGGCUUUCAAUAGUUUACUAGAAAAGGCAGAAGCCCGUGAACGUGAAAGAGAAAAAGAGGAGGCUCGGAAGAUGAAACGAAAAGAAUCUGCAUUUAAGAGUAUGUUGAAACAAGCUACUCCUCCAAUAGAAUUGGAUGCUGUCUGGGAAGAUAUCCGGGAGAGAUUUGUAAAAGAGCCAGCAUUUGAGGAUAUAACUCUAGAAUCUGAAAGAAAACGAAUAUUUAAAGAUUUUAUGCAUGUGCUUGAGCAUGAAUGUCAACAUCAUCAUUCAAAGAACAAGAAGCAUUCUAAGAAAUCUAAAAAACAUCACAGGAAGCGCUCCCGCUCUCGAUCAGGGUCAGAUUCAGAUGAUGAUGACAGCCAUUCAAAGAAAAAAAGACAGCGAUCAGAGUCUCGUUCUGCUUCAGAACAUUCUUCUAGUGCUGAAUCUGAGAGAAGUUAUAAGAAAUCAAAAAAACAUAAGAAGAAAAGCAAGAAGAGAAGACAUAAAUCAGACUCUCCAGAGUCAGAUGCUGAAAGAGAAAAGGAUAAAAAAGAAAAAGACCGGGAAGGAGAAAAAGACAGGACUAGACAAAGAUCAGAAUCAAAACACAAAUCACCUAAGAAAAAGACUGGAAAGGAUUCUGGUAAUUGGGAUACUUCUGGCAGUGAACUGAGUGAAGGGGAAUUGGAAAAGCGCAGAAGGACCCUUUUGGAGCAACUGGAUGAUGAUCAAUAAAUUAUACCAAAUAUGUUUACAGUAUGAUUUAAAGUCUAAUUCAGACCAGGGACUCUAUUUUAAGUUCAAUUGAAAUAACACUGGGUUUUAAUUAUAUCACAGGAAAAAAAAAAAAGUGCAUUUAAGUAUUGUUAUUGUGGACUUUAUAAAAGCAAAGGAAAUUGAAAAUAACUUUUGAUUCUGUAUCAAGAAUCAUAUUUUCAUACAGUCAUAACUGUCUGUCUGUGACCCUUUCAUAGGGCACUGCAGGAUGGAUUAAAGGUGGCAAUUUACUGAUAA